AUGCCGGCGACGGACAACCAAGGUUCGUUCCUGAACCGAAUAAGCAUUCGCCGGAAUCAGGUAGUCUCCAUGGACGGCAAUCACGAGCAAGAGCUCGAAGAUAUCGAACUCUUCCAAAAACACAUCGUCGAACGCUUUUCCGAUCUCCUACCCUCCUCCACCCCCCACACUGACGCCGAUCCUUCUGUAGACUCCACCAUAUCCGAUACCCUCCUUUCCAUUUCAUGGUUCCGCAAACUCCUAGAUGCGUUUCUCUGCUGUGAAGCGGAGUUCAAGGCCGUCCUCAUCAUGGGUCGCGACCCAUCGCAGUUUUCGAAGCCCCCUCUCGAUCGUCUAAUCCCUGAACUCCUCGACCGUACCAUCAAAGCCCUCGAUGUCUGCAAUGCCAUUACUCACGGCGUUGAACUUGUCCGUCAGUGGCAAAAGCUGGCCCAAAUCGUCGUAUCGUCCUUUGAUCAACAACCAAUCGGAGAAGGCCAAGUCCGACGCGCCAAAAAAGCCUUGAACACAUUACUCACCUCCAUGAUGUUCGAUGAUAGAGAGAGCUCCCAUGGUAAGUCGACGGAGCGAACUUGGUCGUUUGGGCGGCGAGGUGGUGGCGCCGCCGUGAAUUUGAAAGAUCGUGCGGUCGGAAAUUUCCGGCCAUUGUCGUUGUCAGUGGCUAAAUCUUGGUCCGCCGCUAAACAGAUUCAGGCGAUUUCAGCCAAUUUGGUGGCUCCACGUGGAGGUGAGGCUACCGGGUUAGCUUUGCCGGUUUAUACUAUGAGCACUGUGUUGGUGUUUGUGAUGUGGGCUUUGGUGGCGGCGAUUCCUUGUCAGGAACGAAUUGGGCUGGCGACCCAUUUUCCGGUGCCGAGACAAUUGAGCUGGGCCCAGGCGGUGAUUGGACUGCAGGAGAAGAUAGGGGAGGAGUGGAAGAAGAAGGAGAAGAGAGGGACAGCAGGGUUGUUGGAGGAGGUGCAUAGGAUGGAGAAGGUGGCAGUGUCGUUGUCGGAUUUUACGGAGGUGUUUCAGUUUCCGGUGGAGGCGGAGAAGGCUGACGAGGUGGCGGUGCUGGUGGCGGAAUUGGCGGAGAUUUGUUCUAAGAUGGAGGAAGGGUUAGUGCCACUCCAGCAACAGGUUAGGGAGGUGUUUCAUAGGAUUGUGAGGAGCAGGGCUGAGGUUCUUGAUGUAGUUGAUCAAGUUGGUAAGUUAUCAACACCAGUUCCAUAUUGA